CUGAAUCAAGUUGUACAAAGUCAGUUACAUGUGGUUGGAUCUCCUCAGCCUAUCGUAGCUGCUCCAGGUGAUGAUGUCAUCCUGCCGUGUCACGUGGAGCCAAAGGUUAACGUGGUGGGACUGACGGUGGAGUGGUCGAGGCCCGAUCGUAAUAUGGAAUAUGUACAUCUAUACAGGCACAACAGGGAAAUGACUGACAUGAAAAUCCCAUCAUACUUCGGGAGGACGGCGUUGUUUAAAGAUGGCCUGAGAGAAGGAAACAUCUCACUAAGAAUCACUAAUGUGACACAAGAAGAUGAAGGAAGAUACAGAUGUUUCGUCCCAAAGUUAAAGAGUCAAACAAAGUCUUCAACUGUUAGUCUGAUUGUUGCUGAAACUGUGACAACAGAGACACCGCUGCAUCCUGAAACUUUCCAAACUCCUGAUCUUGCUGACGAGUUUCCCAGUAAAGGUGGUUUGUCCCGUCGGAGCCGACUGAUCCCACUUGUGGUUUUCUGUGGGUUUAUUCUGCUCUGUGUCGCAGUCGCAGGACUCUGGUUCACUGAGUCAAAGCGUCGAAAAACAGAACUUGCGAGUGCAGCUUCAUAGGUGCCUUACUCUUGGACACACUGGAAACAUUAACAGAGGUGAAAGCAUCACCCACUUCACUUAAUUUUUUGUUGAAGGAUUCAAAGCAACAACGUUUCCAGCCUCAUGUGGAUACGGCGGAUCUACAGCAGGAGGAUUUCACAAUGUCCUGUAAUUUAUCUGGAGUCACGCUGAACCCCAGGUUUAAACAAGACAGUUAAAAUACAGAAACAACAACCAUCAUUUAUGCCAAAGUUGACUUCUGGGAUCAAACUUCAAAAGCGUGAAAAACAUUUCGUGACUGUUUGAGCAAAUCUUCUGUCCAAUUUAGUUUCAUGUGAGGAAACCUGUACAAGGACACAGAGAAGCAUUUAGGUCGACGUUCUUUUCUGUGGUUUUUUGUUUGGCUGUAGUGGUAUCAAGUAAAAUAUGUAAAAUAAAAUAUAUAAUAUAUAUGUAAAAUAAAAAAUAUUUAAAAAAAAUAUAUAAAUAUACAAUAUUUUAAUAUUUUUAUAUAGUUUUUUUAAUCUAGUGAACUUUAAAAUGCCCUUCAGUCACUUUACAGUCAUAACUAAAGUGCUUUGAGCAGAGCAGCUGUCUUUGACUAAAAUAAUAACCAGUGUCAUCAAAGCUGAUUUAUGGUAAUGCUGUUUUUAAGAGGUUGCUUUUUUUAAAUUUUAUUUAAAA